AUGGCGUCGUUCGAUUGGACGCUCAUCGCCGUCAUCAUCGCCGUCGUCGCGAUUCCGCAAUUCGCCGACGCCCUCCGAUGCAAAUGCACAAAAGAGUCGGAGACGGUCACGUGUACCGAAGGCGUCUGCGAGACCGAUGUUGGAUCAUGCUUGAUGCUUGACCAUCCGACGAUGGGCGUUCACUACACUUGCCACACACGCGGUCUCAAAGACGGAAACUGCCAUAAUCGGACGUCGAAGAGCGGCUUGUCGGUUCGAAUAUGCGGAUGCACUGCGCCGGAUUUUUGCAACUAUUCCAUGUGGCCAGAUAAAAAACCCCACCACAAACACCACCAUCACCAUCAGAAGCAUCAUAACACCGAGGAGCCGCACAACGAGCAAAUCAACUCGUCAUCGACGAAACUCGCGAUCAUCUCAAUUAUUACUGCAUUAGGUGGUCUUUGUCUGCGUUUCCCACUACAAACCCCGUUUUCGGUGCUUAUAAAAGAACGACUUGGCGGCGGCAAUCAAGCGACUAUUCUUCGACUCGAACUCAUGGCGCUGACUCUCACCUAUUUCGAUAUUCGCGGAAUCGGCGAGUAUAUACGUCUUCUUUUCAUUGAUCACGGAAUCGAAUUUGUCGAUCACAGAAUAAAAAAGGACGACGACUGGCCGAAAUUGAAGGAAACCAUGGCUUUUGGCCAAGUUCCUCGUCUGAAGCAUGGAGAUAAGGAAAUCUUCCAAUCUGGCGCAAUCCUGAGACAUCUCGGAAGAGUCUACGGUUUGAACGGAUCGAAUGAGGAUGAGACGACGUUCAUUGAUAUGUUCUUCGAAGGAGUCAAAGAUAUCCGAUUCACCAAAUACGCGCGUUACAUUUACUAUGAUGAGUAUACUCGUGAAGAAACAAUCAACACGGUGCUCCCAACCGAGCUUGAGAAACUUGAGAAACUCUUUAAGACCUAUGCGAACGGAGACCAUUUCAUUGCUGGAGAGAAGGUCAGCUAUGCUGAUUAUGCGUUGUUCGAAGAGCUCGAUGUCUAUUUGACAUUGGAUGCUCACAUUCUCGACAAAUUCCCGAAGUUGAAGGCGUUCCAUGAGCGAUUCUCGCAGAGGCCGAAUUUGAAGGCUCAUUUGGCUAAACGUGUUGAGGACAAAGUGUGGAUUAAUGGAAUUGAGAAACAAUAA